AAAAUGACCCAGCGUCACGGGAAAGAAGGGUAUCUUACUCCAACCAAAGAAUUACACCAACUUUCAUUCAGUCCAGGCCAAGGCCAUGCCUUUUGAAUGACAAGAAUAGUUAUACAGAGCGUCGAACUCAUAAAGGAAGAAGGUCCUAUGAGGCGUAGGUUUUCUAUAGGUGCUGGAGUUUCACUUCCUCCACGAACUGAUGGCCGAAAGCUUGUCCGGAAUGCUUCAUUUGGAGGAUGCAGUGAACUCUCACCAAUCUUUCAAGGUUUUGAUAGAGGGAAAGAUGAUGCUUCACAGAGUAAAGAUGAUUCUGCACAAUCAAUGUCAAAAAGCAAGUCAGAAUCUAAGAUAUACAAUGGAUCAGAAAAGGACAUCACUGCUUCCUCCCCCACUACCAAACUCACAAAGAAGGAGUCUCUUAAGGUUCAAAAAAAAAAUUACAGGGAAGAAAAGAAAAGAGCCACAAAAGAAUUACUUAGCACUAUCACAGACCCAUCAGUCAUUGUUAUGGCUGAUUGGCUGAAGAUUCGUGGUACAUUGAAAAGUUGGACCAAACUUUGGUGUGUGUUGAAACCAGGAGUAUUGCUAAUUUAUAAAACACCUAAAAAUGGCCAGUGGGUAGGAACAGUUCUUCUGAAUGCUUGUGAACUCAUUGAGCGGCCUUCAAAAAAGGAUGGAUUCUGUUUCAAACUUUUCCAUCCUUUGGAACAGUCUAUCUGGGCUGUUAAGGGUCCUAAAGGAGAAGCUGUUGGCUCUAUAACACAACCAUUACCCAGUAGUUACUUAAUCAUUCGAGCAGCUUCAGAAUCGGAUGGUAGAUGUUGGAUGGAUGCAUUGGAGCUAGCUUUGAAGUGUUCAAGUUUGCUCAAACGUACAAUGAUUAGAGAAGGUAAAGAACAUGAACUGAAUUUAUCAGAUAGUACACAUGUUUCUUUCUAUGGCCUGCUGCGUGCAAACAACGUUCACAGUACUGAAAGUUUCCCGUUAAAUGAUAGUGAAAUUGAAAGACAUAAUUUUAAAGAUCCAGAUAUGUACUCUGAUAAAUCAGAUAGAGAAAAUGACCAUGAUCGUGAUGAGUCAGAUAAUGAUGGUUUGGGAGAAAGUGACACAGAUACAUCAGAGAGACAGGAUGAUUCAUACAUUGAUCCUGAACCUGAUCAUGUAAAGGAAACAAUUUACUUAGAAGAAGCUCAUGAAGAACUCGGAGAGGCAGGAGAAGCUUCUCAAACAGAAAUAGUUUCAGAAGAGAACAAGAGUUUGAUCUGGACAUUGUUGAAACAAGUACGCCCAGGAAUGGAUCUCUCCAAGGUGGUACUACCUACAUUUAUUUUGGAAACACGUUCUUUCUUGGACAAACUCUCUGAUUACUACUAUCAUGCAGACUUCUUAUCUGAAGCUGCCCUUGAAGAGAAUGCUUACAAUCGUAUGAAACAAGUUGUGAAAUGGUAUUUGUCAGGAUUCUACAAAAAACCAAAAGGACUUAAAAAACCUUAUAAUCCUAUACUUGGUGAGACUUUCCGUUGUUUGUGGAUUCAUCCAAAAACAAAUAGCAAGACUUUUUAUAUUGCUGAACAGGUGUCUCAUCAUCCUCCAAUAUCCGCCUUCUAUGUAAGCAAUCGAAAAGAUGGAUUUUGCUUAAGUGCUAAUAUUUUGGCCAAAUCCAAGUUUUACGGAAAUUCACUAUCUGCCAUUCUGGAUGGUGAAGGGCGACUGAUGUUCCUAAAUAGAGGAGAAGACUAUGUAAUGACCAUGCCAUAUGCACACUGUAAAGGGAUCCUAUAUGGCACAAUGACUUUGGAGCUUGGGGGAACUGUUAGCAUCACAUGUGAGAAAACUGGAUACAGUGCAGUCCUUGAAUUCAAGCUAAAGCCAUUUUUGGGGAACAAUGACAAUGUUAAUCAAAUAAUGGGGAAAAUUAAACUGGGAAAAGAAGUUCUAGCCACUCUGGAAGGCCAUUGGGACAGUGAAGUUAUAAUUAGGGAUAAAAAGACAGAUGCUUCAGAGACAUUCUGGAACACAACACCUGAGAUCAGGCAACACAGAUUAAGAAGAUACACAGUGAAGUUUGAGGAACAAGGUGACUUUGAGUCAGAGAAACUUUGGCAACAUGUGACUCGAGCUAUAAAUAAUAAAGACCAAGCAGAAGCAACUCAGGAAAAAUAUAUUCUGGAGGAAGCUCAGAGGAAAGCUGCCAAAGAAAGGAAGGCACGAGAUGAAGUCUGGGUCUGCAGACUGUUUGAGCCAGAUCCACUUACAGGAGAAUGGAAUUACAGAUAUGCCGAUACAAGACCAUGGGAUCCACUGAAUGACAUGGUACAGUUUGAAAAAGAUGGCGUCAUUCAAACGAAAGUCAGACAUCGGACACCAAUGGUUACUGUUGCAAAAAUAAAACGGUCUGCUAAGUCUAAGAAAGAGGAAUGUGGCUUCUCCUCACCAGAGCCUGAUAAUCAGGACUCAUCAGGAAGUGAAGCACAACUCAAACAUAACACAAGAAUCCGAAAGAAAGCGGUAGAUCUUGCUGAACUGCAAAGUGCCAUUGAAUCUAUAAGGACAACACAGGAAGAUAUUCGGAGGGACAUUACAGCGUUAAGAACACGAAUGACUUCAGGUUCACCAACUCCAGAUAACUUCUUUCAGUUCAAGCACUAUGUCUUCAUCAUGCUGAUGGUUCUUCUGCAACUUAUAAUCAAUUACUUAUUCAAAUAGAAUAUCUGGACAGAAGAAUAUUUAUGAAAUGGAAUUAUUAUGGUCUUCAUGGGACCAUCUUUUAAGCUUGGUUUGGCUUCAAAUAAGGCAAUAUUAUCUAAGGGCCCAGAAGAUUCAGACAUUUGCCUCAAAAGAUUGGGCUCAUAUGGAAUAGUUUAUUAUAUUCCAUCCUAGCCAGAUGACGUGGACAAUGCUUACGUGCCAGUACCUUCCUCUUCACAUCUUCCAAAUGCUGGAUAACUGCCUUGCAUGUUCUAAAGUGUCAUAAACUACAAUUAUAAAUACCAGUAUAGAAUAUACCAGUUUGGAAUUUGAGGACUUUUUUUUUGCUAUAAUCAAUCCCUAUUGAACAUGCUAGCAAAAGAAGUAAAUUUUGACCUAAGAUUUUUCUUCCUAAGUUUAAUCAAUCUUACUUCAAUAAGAAAAUAAUACCAAGGGAUAUUAAUUCAGAAAAUUCAAUAAUUGCAGAAAAAUGAAACUACUCAGCUGUUCAUUGUCAUUAAGACAUAUGAGCUAUUAGUCAUCAACAUUUCAUUAACUCUACAAUUUUCAGGGAUAGUUAAUGAGGGUUUUUUUUCCUUAGUUUAUAACAGUGGAUCUUUGCUAAUAGUAUUCGUUUAAGAGGAAAAAACAUGUCAGCUGUCCAGAGAAGUAAACAGCUUUUGUGCCAAGCAGUAUUUUGACUCAUUUCUUCCCAAAUAGAAACUCAUAUUGAUUGUUACUACUUAUUUAAUUUUAGGGAUGUCAAUGAUGAGAUGCAGAGGAAUAGAAAAUGUACUGUUUAGAUAGUAUAAAAAAGGGAAGCUGUAUUACGUUAGAUAAAUUCUUAUGAUUGACUUAUGAGAUCCUAUCUGUAUUUUAAAAACUAUAUUAAUAUUGGGUUCAUCAGUUCAGGUUACACAGUGUGGACACAACUCCAUCUGAAUAUUUAUACUGCAAAAAUAAACCUUUGGGUAACAACGUUAUAGUUUCAGGAAUAUAGUUUCAAGACUCUGGAAGGUUCAACUGCUACUCAGUUUCUAAUUGCUUUUAAAUGCCUCAGAAACUAGUACAUUUACCCUUGCUUUCUUUAUACUAAAAUACAGAGUUAUUAUACUGAGUCUCUGUAAGUAAAUUCACCAAAUCUGGAUUGGGCUGCAUUAAAUUUCAAAAGAUAGAUCAAAUUACAGUCACAUUAGUCUUGCUAUUCUGUUUUUUAUAUGUUACAUAGUGUUAAUUUAAGAUGUGUGUCAAUAUACAGAGCAGCAAGAAGCAUACAUCCUGCAUGAUUUAUAUAUUUUAUAGCAAUUCUAAAUCUUUCAUUUAGAGAUACAUAAUUUACAUUUGGUCAAUUUGGGAUUCAAAUGGUUUUAGGAUACAUAGAUUUAUCUUUGUUUUUACAUAGCUGAAAAUUACUAAAGAAAAGAAGGGGAUUUUAUUUCAGAAUCACCUUUCAGAUUAGUUGUAUAUCUCUAAUACUCCCAUCCAAAAUCUAACCAUUUUAAAGAUGUUGGAAUAUUUCAACAUGGAGUCUUAUAACACGUGGGAGUUAUUUUCGGAACAUUUUCUGAGAAUAUCAGAAUGAAGAAGGUAGCUGUGGCCAACCUUCCAGUUUUCCCCUGUCUGCCUUAAAUAAACUCAAUAAAUUAUUAUGUUUUAAAAGUGCUACAGUUUAGAAAGAGAAAUGUAUUACCAUUGGAGUGAACUGGUUGAUUACAGCCAUGAUUCAGAUGCUUUAUAAAUUGAUCGAAAUGCCUGUUACAGAUGUAUAUGAGUUGAAAAAGUAUAGCAUAAAUAAAGUACAAAAACAUAUGUUCUGACUUACAUUUAUUUGUAUGCAUUUGGAGCAACUAGCUAUCUGUAUGUAAAUGAUCAGUGAUUGUAACCGUUAGAUUUAUUUGGUUUUCACUGUUUUGACAAUGCCUCCUAAUAUAAAUACCAUAUUACAUCUAUUUCUAUCUGUUGAUAUCUAAAUCCCUGUGGAUAUGUCUAGAAAAUGUAUUUGUUCAGUUGCUUUCUUUUAAACAUUUCUUAUUCCUUUUAUGAGACUCCCAAACCAGUUACAUUUUCAGUUACAUUGUUCAUAUUACAGGAGUCCAAAGCACUCCUGUGUCAAGCACAGCUCAAAAGCUUGUUUUAUGUUGCACCUUCAUAUAAGUUCCUUGUGUGAACUAAGGAAUCUAUUGCCUAACCAUGUUUUGUAUGAUAUGUCUGAUUAUGAGCCUAGUUGAUAAGAUGUUUCUGUACAAUAUUUAGCUUUAUGAAUACAAGUCUACGUUCUUUCAUUUAGACUUUUUUUCUGCACAUAGUAAUAAGGAAACUCUGACCACCGUUUGUAGAGUUCUAAGGGCAACGGUUUCCUUGAUAACAUUUAAUACUUAAAAUAGAAAAUAAUCAGAAUUGUGUGUUGACAUGUUUGUGUGUUUGUUUAAAAGAAAUGCACUAUAAGCCUUUAAAUAUACCAUGUAAUCAUUAAUAUAACUAAAAUGAAAUGUGUUGUGUAAAAUAGUAAAUAGACUCCUGGCAAUACAUGAUUCUUGUAUCCUAUGUUGGGCUGCUUUUUAACUUUUAGUUAUCACUUAAGAGUACAGCAUACUCACUUUUCAUAAAAAAGUUCCUUUUGACAGCUAAUCUGUAAAAUAUAUUAAAUGAUUUUACAACUCACUACCCUCCUGUGCCUUCAGGAAGAUCUUCUUGCCAACUCAACAUUCAUUAAAUGGGAUGAGAGUUAAAAUUGUUUUAUUUACCAUGAUGUUGUUGUUUGUCUUGAUGGAUGUUUCUUCGUUAUGGUUUUUAAUCCUAAUAUAUAUAGGAUGCCUAACUGUGAACUAAGUGAUUACUGUGUUUCUUCUCUUUCCUCAAUUUCUUGGCAUCUUUUGAGAGUGGGCGAUCAGAUACUUGAGUAUUGUUACAGUGCCUUGAUGGAGUUCGCACAGCAAUGAGGUAUGUAUAUGUAAGUAUACUUUCAAGGUUGUACCAUAUCUUUCAAUAUUUGGGGGAGAAAUGUAAAAGGAUGUAUAAUUACAGAAAAAUACAUCAGUUUUUUUUUCUUUUGAUAACUACAAAGGACCCAAUAUUGGAGUAAACGUUCUUGUACAAUGAAACUGCAAUGUUGUUUGUUGAUAUUGCAAAAAUAGCCAUAAUAAAAUUCUAACAUCACUGACAACCAGCUUCACUUUUAUUUUAACAAAGUGUGUGAUUUCUGAGCAAAAUGACUGAGGAUGAAAAUAAAAACAUGAAAUAUGUGGAAAAGUCCUGUUCUAAUAAUUUCCUUGCAUAUAUUAAGAAUCCACUUGUUUAAUGGAUUUAAAUAUUGGCUAUUUAAAUGAGUAGCCUUCUGCUAUUCUUGAAAUCUUUUUUUUUCUAGUUUCUGAACUGAAUAAACUUAUUAGCGUUUUUAAUUCUAUUGCCAUUUUUAUUUUAAUGCUCUGUUUGAAUUUUUAUACUGCUACACAUUUUUAACUGAAAAUAGGCCAUUGUAUGUUAAGGACCAGUGUUUAGUCCAAUGCAUAUAAUAUAUGUAAUGAAAAAAUGUGAAUACAUUUACUCGUAUGUAUGUAUGUAGGAAACUCCUAUUUCUGUAAGUUUCCUGUUUUUGCAUAUCAUGUAAAAUAUUAUUAUUAUUAUUAUUAUUAUUAUUAUUAUUAUUAUUACACUGUUCUCUUUGCAAAUCAUGCUGCAUGCAGUGUGAUGAAGGAAAUGUAAUCCUUUGAAAGUACUGAACUUGUGUUUCAUGGAUAAUUAUAUAACUGAGUUCAAAAAUUUGUUUAGAAGUCCAUUUGUAAAUUUAAAGUUCUACCACUGGUCAGUAGUUUUGUACAAUUAGAGAAUAAAAAGUUGU